UUUGGCUAAACUUUGAUCGCAUAUAAAAGGACGAUGGAGAAUCCAGCUCAUCACUUGCUCAUCGAAGCUUCGUCUUGUCGUUCAACAACCAACAUCGCCAUGAAAGUUUUGAUCUUUUGCGCUAUCUUGGUUUGUGUCUCUGCUGCUCCAUUGUCGCUCGAGUUGACCGAUGAUUUGAAAUGGAAAAGCGUCGAUCUCAACAAGGACGGCCAACCUGAUGUCGUUGCUAUGCCAUUGACACCCGAGUUUAGCAAUGAUUUCCAAUGGAAAAGCGUAGAUCAGAACAAGGAUGGUCAACCUGACGUUGCUCCGGUUGUUGAAGAAACCAAAGUAGCUGAUACCCCAGUCGCUGAAGUCGCCCCAGUCGUCGAGGUCGCUCCGGUAGCCGAGGUCGCCCCCGUCGCUGAAGUCGCUCCGAUUGCUGAUGUCCCCGCUGUAGAGGCUGCCCCAGUCGUUGAAGCCGCCCCAGUAGCUGAUGUCACCGUCGAAGUCGCUCCUGUUGUUGAAACCGCUCCAGUGGCUGAAGAGACCAAAGUAGCUGAUGCCCCAGUUGCUGAUACACUUGUUGCUGUUGCAGCCGCACCAGAAGUCGAAUUGAAAGUCCCCGAGCCCGUUCAAGAUACGGCUGAAGUACAGGAAGCUAAAGCUACAUUUUUCCAGCUUUACGAAGAAGCUGCUGCUGCAGCCGCCGCUGUUGAUGAAAAUGGCAACCCCACCGUGAAUAACGAUCUAGAACGCAAGGCUCGCCAGGUUGUUUCAUUUUUCAAUCCAUCUCUCGCACCAUACACCCUGCCGGCUUUCUUCCCGGCCGCACAGCCUUUGGCAUACAGUGCUGGAUUUCCUUACACCUUCCCUCUCAUCUACCCUACCCUGCCUACUCCUGUUACCCCCGCUAAGAAUGACCGCAAAAAGCGCCAGGUUCCCGUUUUCCCCGGCCAGUUGUACAACGAUUUGGUCUACAAAAGUGUUGAUUUGAACCAAGAUGGCCAGCCCGACAAGGCAGUUAUCACCACACCCAAAUCUGUCCAAUAUUUGCCUUACGCUGGUUAUCCUUACUCUGCCUACUACCCCUAUGCUUAUCCAUUUGCCAACGGCUUGUAUUUUUAAAUUUUCUCGACGAAUUAUGACCGAAUAAUACUGCUGCUCGGUGGAAGGACUACAUUUCUUUCUUAUGUGUUAUCGUUAAAUGUUACCACUUGAAUUAUCAGUUGUUUCAUUCGUUACCUGAUUGUUUUUCUAUAUUUUUUUUGUGGUGGAUUAUUUUACAUUUGUGCUGCACGGAUUUUUUAGAUUGAAUAUGAGCUCAAUUCAGUAAC